AAAGCAACUUCUUCGAUUGACCAAUUGGCCACUUGGACAUGAAAUACGCGCGGAUUUGUGGCAAGAAAUCUGCAGAUGUGGAAAUCCGAACUUCAAUGCGCAUAAAGGCAGCUAUGAUCCGGACGAAUAUUCGUGGAAAGGGCUUGAUGGACAGUUCAUGCCAAAAGUUCCGUUUGCACAAGGUCCGGAUGUGCUCGAGAACAAUUAUGAGUUAAACGCGGAUGGAGUGGCCGCUUUGCAUCGUCUCAUUCGUGCUUUAGGCAAAAACUGUCCAACUUUAAUUUAUGCACCGUUUUUGCCAUCGAUUCUGGCACUGUUCCUGCAUUAUAUGAGUGAGGAAGAGACAUACGCCUGUGGACGCUGGAUUGUUAAAAAUCUCUCAACUUACAUGCCUCAUACGCCAGUGGCACUCAAAGCU